AUGGCUGAUUCAUCCGUCGAUGAGGUCUACUCGAACUCUCCUGUUGUCCUUAUCACAGGCUGCUCCACAGGCCUUGGUCGCGCUCUUGUCCUCGAAGCAGCUUCUCAGGGACUUCGCGUCAUAGCCACUGCUCGAAAGAUUUCUACAAUCGAAAACCUCCGGGCUCCAAAUAUCACCGUAUCAACUCUAGAUGUGACCGCUUCCAUGUCUCAGCUGGAGGACUUUGCGAACAAAGCAUUAAAAGUGUUCGGUCAAGUAGACAUCCUGAUAAACAAUGCUGGAUAUCCCCUCGCGGGAGCAUUAGAAGAAGUGUCGUCAGAUCAAACACUCGGUAUAUUCAAAACAAACUUUUUUGGAAGCCUCAAUGUUGCAAACGUGUUUUUGCCGCAUUUUCGAGCCCGCCGUUCGGGGACCAUUAUUAACAUCAGCUCGAUGAUGCCAUAUGUUUCAACACCAGGAUCAGGUUCUUAUACCGCAACAAAGGCGGCUCUUGAUAGUAUUACACAAGUAUGGGCUCAUGAACUAGCUCCGUUGAAAAUCAAAGUCAUGGGUGUAUCCCUUGGGUUUACUCGUACUGAAUUACUAGGAUCAAACUUGAGCACUGUUGAAAAUACCAUUCCUGACUACGCUAACGUACGCGCGUUUCAUGAACAAGUUCGUACUUUGCAUGGCCAUGAGCCUAACGACGUUCAAAAAGUUGCAAAGCGCAUCUUAGAUGUCGUUUUGACCCACGAUGAGCUUCCCGUUAUGUUCCCUCUUGGUAAUGACGCGGUAAAUUCGGCUGACGAGUACCUUAAUCAGCGGAGGAGCGAAUUCGAGAAGUGGAAGGAGUUGGGGAUGGGAGUUGAUGCUGAUAAGGACGUUUGA